AUGGCAACAUUAGGCUUACGAUUGUGUUUUACCAUUGGAAUAACUAUUAUACUUUCAUUGCCUACAGUACAAACAAUAUACGAAGUUGGGUGGAGACAGCAGGACUUGGUUCAACCAGUCUCUAUGGUAGUUGAACCACUGAAGCUGUACUUAUUUAUUCAUUGUUAUAAUGAAAAUGAUAUUUUGUAUUUCAUGGAUGGUGAUCCUGAAUUUAUUUUGAGUGUUACUGGUAUAUUUAAACCGUUAUGUUUUAAUCUGGAGGGUAAAAGCGGGGAGAUAAUUCGUCUAAUACAAGAUGGAAACACUGAUAUUUCAGUUAAUGCUAGGCUAAUAUCUGAUAAUACAAGCACCUUUAUUGGCACUGUUUCUAUUAUCCGAAAAAACGUCAUCAUCAUCGUCAAGCCGCACAUAAUCAUCGUCAAUAGAGAAAGAUUUCAGUGGAACAAUAUCACAGCGUUUCUUAUUCGAGGACAUAGGGUUGUUAUCAGCAUGAAUCUUAUUGCUGUAACAUUUAGAAACCUGAAUGUUACCGCUAUAGUUAAACGUCAUGAAACUGGUCAGAAGAAUGGUAUAGAAAGUUUGUCUUAUUUGGGAUUUUAUUUAUCUGACGCUAGGGGUUUCUCACCAUAUACCCAUGGUCUCUUAGGUCAGUUUCUUCACAAAACAGUCGAGAUUGAGAAUCUCAGAUACAGGAAUAACAGAGCUAAAGCCAGAUUAAGUAUAACCUCGCCAUUGAAUCCUAUUCCCAGACGUGCAAUGGCAGUUCUUGGCUCAAAAAUGAACCGAGCGUUGAAUACGUCUACACCAUGUUGGGUAUUACGACAAGAUGGUCGCGGUGUUGUUGAUGGGCGGUACAAUAAUUAUGUUGUUAACAGUAUGAGAGACAUUUCUAGUUUACAAUUACAAUAA